AAAAAUGGAUCUCCUCCUCCUGGAGAAGGCGCUGAUCGGCCUCUUCUCCGCCAUCAUCGUCGCCGCCGUGGUCUCCAAGCUGCGGGGGAAGAAGUUCAAGCUCCCGCCGGGGCCGAUGCCGGUCCCGAUCUUCGGCAAUUGGCUCCAGGUCGGCGACGAUCUCAACCACCGGAACCUCACCGACUACGCCAAGCGCUUCGGCGACAUCUUCCUCCUCCGCAUGGGGCAGCGCAACCUCGCCGUCGUCUCGUCGCCGGAUCUGGCGAAGGAGGUGCUCCACACGCAGGGGGUCGAGUUCGGCUCGCGCACGCGCAACGUCGUGUUCGACAUCUUCACGGGGAAAGGGCAGGACAUGGUGUUCACCGUCUACGGCGAGCACUGGCGGAAGAUGCGGCGGAUCAUGACGGUGCCGUUUUUCACCAACAAGGUGGUGCAGCAGUACCGCCAGGGGUGGGAGGCGGAGGCCGCGGCGGUCGUGGACGAUGUGAAGAAGAUGCCGGAGUCGGCGACGACGGGGAUCGUGCUGAGGAGGCGGCUGCAGCUCAUGAUGUACAACAACAUGUACCGGAUCAUGUUCGAUCGGAGGUUCGAGAGCGAGGAGGAUCCUCUGUUUGUCAAAUUGAAGGCGUUGAAUGGAGAGAGGAGCCGAUUGGCGCAGAGCUUCGAGUACAACUAUGGCGAUUUCAUCCCGAUUUUGAGGCCGUUCCUCAGAGGCUACCUCAAGCUGUGCCAGCAGGUCAAGGAGAGGAGGCUGCAGCUGUUCAAGGAUUACUUCGUUGAUGAAAGGAAAAAGCUCGUGAGCACGAAACAGGGCGAUAAUGGCCUAAAAUGCGCGAUCGAUCACAUGCUUGAAGCCCAGCAGAAGGGAGAGAUCAAUGAGGAUAAUGUCCUUUACAUUGUUGAGAAUAUUAAUGUUGCUGCAAUUGAGACAACUCUAUGGUCGAUUGAGUGGGGAAUUGCUGAGCUAGUGAACCACCCCGAGAUCCAGAGCAAGCUCCGUCACGAACUCGACACGGUACUCGGCCCGGGAGUCCAAAUCACGGAGCCCGACACCACCAAGCUCCCGUACCUCCAGGCCGUGAUCAAGGAGACCCUCCGUCUCCGGAUGGCCAUCCCGCUCCUCGUGCCCCACAUGAACCUCCACGAUGCAAAGCUCGGCGGCUUCGACAUCCCUGCCGAGAGCAAGAUCCUGGUCAACGCGUGGUGGCUUGCCAACAACCCCGACCACUGGAAAAACCCGGAAGAGUUCAGGCCCGAGAGGUUCUUGGAGGAGGAGGCGAAGGUCGAGGCCAACGGCAACGACUUCAGGUACCUCCCAUUCGGGGUCGGGCGGAGGAGCUGCCCCGGGAUCAUCCUCGCGCUGCCUAUCCUUGGCAUCACGAUAGGCCGCCUCGUGCAGAACUUCGAGCUGCUGCCUCCCCCGGGGCAGUCGAAGAUCGACACCUCGGAGAAGGGCGGGCAGUUCAGCCUCCACAUUUUGAAGCACUCCACCAUUGUCAUGAAGCCAAGAUCGUUUUGAAU